CUUUGAACACUUCUUUAUGAUUCCUAUCAUCUGUUGAUUGAUUUUUUUAAAUUUAUUUUUGGUUGGAUUUUGAGUCUUCGUGUUCUAUUUGAAUUUCUUGUCAGCUGUCACCUUCUUCUUGAGGGGCACGAAUAUUAAUUCUCUGGAACCUUUUUUCUAUCCCAAUUGUUUGGUUGGCCUUAUGGUUGUCUAGUUUUCAUGGUAUUCUGGGAUGGAAGCAGGUUGGCUAAAGAUCGUUUAUGUAGUGUUUGCUUUCUGUUCUGCUCUCUUUCUUGGUGCUCUCAAAGGUUUGCUUGUUGGACCUGUCGCUGGUUUGAUACUGAUAAUAGGGAAUGUGGGGGUCAUCCUGGGACUGUUACCUGCACAUGUAGCCUGGACUGUAUACACAAUCAUAAGAGUCGGUAAUUGCAGGACUAAUAGAUUUGAUGCACCCCUUAGAGUUGCUAUAUUGAUUGCUUUGCCUGCGUUAUUUGGUAUAUGGUUGGCUUUAAGCAUAGCCGGAAGUGUUAUUAUUGGAGUUUGCUACGGCUUCUUCACUCCCUGGGUUUCAUCUUUUGAAGCCUUUAGACAUGAGAAUGAGUCCAAGAGAUUCUUUCAUUGUGUAGUGGAUGGAACAUGGGAAACUGUGAAAGGAAGUAGCACUGCAGUUAGAGAUUUUGCAGAUUUAUGCUUUCAUUCAUAUCUGCUCUACUUGAAGGAAUUACGUGAAUCCCCUGUUUCCAAUGAGCUCCGAACUCUGCGGACUAGUGAUCAGUUUGCCUCAAACAAUAUAUAUACCCUUUUGUUUUUGAAUCUGUCUUGCAGGUUCAUUCAUGUGCCAGGACUUAUCAUUGUUGGAUUGCUGGGACUAAUUGUGGAUAUUCCCUUUUACACUAUAAUUGCUGUAGUUAAGAGUCCAUACUUGUUAUUUAAGGGAUGGUUUCGACUGACGCAUGAUCUAAUUAGCAGAGAAGGACCAUUUCUUGAAACAGUUUGCAUCCCCAUUGCUGGUUUAACAAUCCUUUUCUGGCCAAUUGUUGUCAUUGGGAGCAUAUUAGCUGCUAUUUUUUCAAGUUUCUUCAUCGGAUUGUAUGGAUCAGUCAUUGUGUAUCAGGAAAGAUCUUUCCGGAGAGGUGUUGCAUAUGUGAUUGCAAUGGUUGCUGAAUUUGAUGAGUACACAAAUGACUGGCUCUAUCUCAGAGAGGGGACAAUCUUCCCAAAUUCAAAUUGCAUUUUUUUCACAGCCAGGCCCCGUUAUCGAAAGAAAAGUGGUUCUGAAUCUGACUAUUCUGUUGGAGUACUGGGUCGCAGAUUCAAUUCUACUUCUGGCGAAGCACCUGCAAUGCUCAUGCCAAGCUUAGUUCAUUCGAUAUCAGUUAGAGAGGCAAUACAUGAAGUGAAAAUGGUUCAGAUAUGGACGAAUAUGAUGAAAUUAUGUGAAAUAAGGGGCAAGGAACUAUUGGAUGCUGAUGUAAUAACUCCAGUAGACAUUUGUGAAUGGUUAAAGGCAAAGAGCGGUAAUGAAGCAGCAAUUAUUGGUGUCGGCUUACCGUGUUAUUGUUUCUUGCAGACUCUCCUCAACUCUAUCAGAUCAGGUUCUAAUGGCUUGUUAGUGCUUGAUGAUGUUGAAAUAAACCAUCUGAAUAGGCCAAAAGACAAACUGUUUGAUUGGUUCUUUAACCCAAUAAUGGUCCUGAAGGAACAAAUCAGGGUCAUAAAACUGGGAGACAAUGAAGUUAGGCUGCUGGAAAAAUUGGUUCUUUUUGGCAGCAAUACAGAACGGAUGGAUGCCUGGGACAAUGGUAGUUCAAUCCCUCAAGAUUCUCUCAGAGCUGCUCAAAUUGAGGGCAUAAGUAGAAGGAUGGUUGGAAUGGCGAGAAGUGCAUCAAAAUUGCCAACUUACAGAAGGAGAUUUCGCCAAGUUGUGAAGGAUUUGAUGGCAUAUGCUUCGGAGAAACAGGAUAUAGCUAGAUGUAAUUCCUUGGCAUCAACCUCUAAGUCUGAAGAAGUGUAGAAGUCAUUUACACUACAAAGAAAAAGAAGCUUUAGCUUUUUUUAUGUAAAAGUAUGGCUUUCUAUGAAUUUAAAAAAUUUUAUAUUGUAUUAAAACAAACUUUUUCAAAUAAUGUAUGUAUAAUUUAUAUUGACGUAAAAUCGAGAAGCUGUACUUUAAAAGAUUAAGGUUCCGUUUGGUGUGAGAAAAUGUUUUUUGUUUUGU